GAUCGCACCGGCGGAUGCAUAAUUUUCGGCGGAGCAACAGCGGGUGUGGUUCGGACUUUUACGGGUGGUUCACCUAGCAGCGCUUUUCCCGUUUUCAGCCAAGAGAAAGGGGAAAAUUGUCCUGACAGGAAACACGGAGGAGCCACUCGACUCUGACUUCGCUGUGCGGGCUGAGGGCAAGCAAGAACAAUGGCUACCCAGUCUGAUUUGAUGGAGUUAGACAUGGCGAUGGGGGACAGCAAGGCUGCAGUGAGCCAGUGGCAGCAGCAGUCUUACCUGGACUCAGGCAUCCAGUCAGGGGUCACCACCACAGCACCCUCUCUGAGUGGCAAAGGAAACCCUGACACUGAGGAGGAGGACCCAGGCCUGUAUGACUGGGAAUUCAAUCAGCCCUUCACUCCUGAGGCCACAGACAUUGAGGGCUAUGCCAUGACCCGGGCCCAGCGUGUGCGUGCUGCCAUGUUCCCAGAGACCUUGGAGGAGGGCAUCCAGAUCCCACCCACCCAGCUGGAUGCUGCCCACCCUACGGCAGUGCAGCGCCUGGCAGAGCCCUCUCAGAUGCUCAAGCAUGCUGUGGUCAACCUCAUCAACUACCAGGAUGAUGCUGAACUGGCUACACGCGCCAUCCCUGAGCUGACCAAGCUGCUCAAUGAUGAGGACCAGGUUGUGGUGAACAAGGCAGCUGUGAUGGUUCACCAGCUGUCAAAGAAGGAGGCAUCACGCCACGCCCUGAUGCGCUCACCCCAGAUGGUUUCAGCAGUUGUCCGUGCCAUGCAGAACACUGGUGAUGUGGAGACGGCCCGCUGCUCUGCUGGCACCUUGCAUAACCUCUCCCACCACCGUGAGGGGCUCCUUGCAAUCUUCAAGUCUGGAGGCAUCCCUGCCCUGGUCAAGAUGCUGGGCUCUCCAGUGGACAGUGUGUUGUUCUACGCCAUCACCACACUCCACAACCUUCUGCUGCACCAGGAGGGUGCCAAGAUGGCGGUGCGCCUGGCUGGAGGCCUGCAGAAGAUGGUGGCCCUUCUGGCUAAUACCAACGUCAAGUUUCUGGCCAUCACUACCGACUGCCUGCAGAUCCUGGCUUAUGGCAACCAGGAAAGCAAGCUGAUCAUCCUAGCCAGCGGAGGCCCCCAGGCUCUGGUCAACAUCAUGAGGACCUUCACCUAUGAGAAGCUGCUGUGGACCACAAGCAGAGUGCUGAAGGUGCUCUCUGUUUGCUCCAGCAACAAGCCUGCCAUUGUAGAAGCUGGAGGCAUGCAGGCCUUGGGGCUCCACCUGACAGACCCCAGCCAGCGACUGGUCCAGAACUGCCUCUGGACCCUCAGGAACCUUUCAGAUGCCGCUACCAAACAGGAGGGAAUGGAGGGUCUCCUGGGGACUCUGGUCCAGCUGCUGGGCAGUGAUGACAUCAAUGUUGUGACAUGUGCUGCUGGCAUUCUCUCCAACCUCACUUGCAACAACUACAGCAACAAACUCAUGGUCUGCCAGGUUGGAGGCAUUGAAGCUCUGGUGCGCACGGUUCUCCGGGCUGGUGACAGGGAGGACAUCACAGAGCCGGCGGUCUGCGCCUUGCGCCACCUGACUUCCCGCCACCAGGAUGCAGAGAUGGCCCAGAAUGCUGUGCGCCUUCACUACGGCCUCCCUGUGGUUGUUAAGCUACUGCACCCACCCUCUCACUGGCCGCUUAUCAAGGCUACAGUCGGUUUGAUACGCAACCUGGCUCUUUGCCCAGCCAACCACAGUGCCCUGCGGGAGCAGGGAGCCAUCCCCCGACUGGUCCAACUGCUGGUCAGGGCCCACCAGGACACCCAGAGGCGCACCAGCAUGGGAGGCAACCAGCAGCAGUUUGUGGAGGGUGUGCGAAUGGAGGAGAUAGUGGAGGGCUGCACAGGAGCUCUGCACAUCCUGGCCCGGGAUGUCCACAACAGAAUUGUCAUCAGAGGGCUUAACACCAUUCCACUCUUUGUUCAGUUGCUGUAUUCUCCAGUGGAGAACAUCCAGCGUGUGGCAGCAGGUGUGUUGUGUGAGCUGGCUCAGGACAAGGAGGCUGCUGAGGCCAUUGAGGCCGAGGGAGCGACUGCACCCCUCACUGAGCUGCUGCACUCCCGUAAUGAGGGUGUUGCGACCUACGCAGCAGCCGUGCUGUUCCGCAUGUCUGAGGACAAGCCCCAGGACUACAAGAAGCGCCUGUCAGUAGAGCUGACCAGCUCCUUGUUCAGAACUGAGCCUAUGGCCUGGAACGAGACUGGAGACCUGGGACUGGAUAUGGGAGCUCAGGGAGACCCUCUGGCCUACAGACAAGAUGAUGGAGCCUACCGGGCCUACCCAGCAGCCUAUGGCCAGGACUCCUUGUUGGAUCCCAUGAUGGAGGGUGCUGACUAUCAUGCCGACACUCUGCCUGACUUGGGCCACCACACCGACCCGCUGCCCGACCUCGGCCACACCCAGGACCUGAUGGACAGCAGCCAGCUGGCCUGGUUUGACACCGACCUGUAGGAUAGUUGUAUUCUGAUAGAACCUGCAUUGUGAUUGGCCUGUAUCGUCUGAAGCAGCAUUAUGAUUGGCCUGUAGAGUUGUUGAAGGUAAAGAAAGGAAUAAGGGAACUUGGAAAGUGCCUGACACACAAAUACAAGGGAGAUGGGUACCACAGGAAUGUUGACGCAAGUUGGAACGGGGGGGAAAGGGAGGGGUAAAAGCAAAGAAUCAGUGAGUGACGUGGAAACACACAAUGGAGGUCUUGGAGCAGGUUGCCUAGAUGGAAGAGUGCACAUGAGGUGGAUCUUAAAGAUGGAAACAGUUAUGUUUUAGCCUUGCCUGUAUUCUUAUCAGUUUUUGUUUCUAUUUUCUUAUUCUAUUUUUUAUUUCUUUUUGUAUUACUCAUUCUGUUAUGGUACUGACCCAGCUUGCCUUGGCACUAGCCAUCUUCAUUUUCUCUUCAAUUGCCAAUCAUUUGUAAUCUAUUUUUUUCUUCUCUUUUUUGUUAAACGUAUGUUAAACGUAGUGUUAAGUUAUAGUGGUAUUAUACAAUGUUCCUUUGGUUUAUGGCCGAAUGUGUAGAACACUAAUAAUCAGUUGAAUCGUACUCUGACUUAAAGUGUAACAUUGUGUAGUUUUUUUAUAAUCUCAGAAAUGGAGAAUUAUGCAUUCUUAAUAUGUGCUUGUUAAAGCAUAAUAAAAUAUGUCAGUGUCACAAAUGUUCUAAAGGGGGAUAUGGGUGAAAUUGAGGGUGGGUUGGGGAUAAAUCUAGAGACAAGUGUUUUAUAUACAGUAUCACUGGUAGGUUAACAACUUUUUUGUAUGCUAUCAUUGGAUGUCUGAUAGGAGAGUCCAUUAUGCUAUCAUUGGUGGUCUAAUAAAACCAGGUUUUAUGUGCUAUCAACGGUAGCUAGGUUGAUGAACCAGUUGUAGUCCUGCUGUGCUUAUUUUGGAGACGAGGUUAUGACACGGCUGAACAAUAAAGUGGCAUUUUAUUUCA